AAAAUCAGUUUCAUAACAAGACGUCCCACACAACUCGGCUUCGACCCGAGUAAGGACAUUCUGCAUCCCCCUGCCGUCUACGCUGCUUCUAUAAUCCCAACAUCGAAGUGCUCCAAUUAAUAGCACACCACAAUCUGCGUAAGUGUGCCACACAUUUAUUUUCUUUAUUGCUCGAGUGUUAGUGUAUACACUACCCGGCAACACGUUGCUACGCUACAUGCUUGCUGUCACUGCUUUUUCUUAAGAUCAGUGGGCUAAAAAUCUUUCUUUAAUGUGGAGGCUGAUCACAUCCCUGUGCCUACGGCAUCCGCGAGGUACAGCGAUUCAAAUACAUGAGCGGCUAUGCACCACGCAACGUGCAGAAGAGAACCGGCAUACAGUGGAAGCGCUAUAUCUACUGUCCGUAGACAUCCAGAAGGUCAGAAAACUGAAGUGCUGGAUCCUGUACCAAACCCCCACUUAUGUUAAUGAGGUAGCCGAGCUGAUGAGGGAAAUGGGGGCUUCUGGCUCUAUAGUUGCUGGGGUUCUAACUCAGUACCCCGAGGCGGUCCUCUGCCACCCUGAGCAAAUGCAGGCUCAGCGGGACCUGUGGUUGUCUGUGUGUCCAAACCACAGAGAACUUGUUGGCGUCAUUGAAAAAUUCCCUGCCUCCUUUUUCACCUGUGCCAGCCACCACACCAAUCAGCGCGCCAACAUAACGUACUUCCGCCAAUUGAACCUCAACAAGCGCAUCAUCACAAAGCUGAUGUCUGGGGCUCCCAUGAGCUUCAGCCGACCAGUGGACGACAACAAAAAGAUGAUCCACACCCUCCAGGCAGCCUACCUGGAGCUGGGCGGAAAGGACACCAACGUGAAAAUCUGGCUCCAGAAGCUGCUGAGCCAGAACCCGUUCGUCCUCCUCAAAGACCCGGAGCUGCUGAGGCACAACUUCCACUUCCUGACCCGGAAAGGCUUCACCACCUCCGAGCUGCUGGGCCUCCUCUCCAAGCUCAGGGGCUUCGUCACAGAGCUGAACCCCGACGCCAUGCAGCGCACCCUGGCCUUCUCGCAGCGCACCCUGGGCUGCUCCGACGACCAGCUCCGGCACGUGGUCCUGGACUGCCCGGCGCUGCUGUACCACUCGGAGGUGGUGCUGGCACAGCGCUUCCAGGGGCUGUCUGCGGUGGGCAUCAGCGCGGCUCAGAUCUUACAGGCUCCCACCGUCCUGGAGCUCACCACGGAGAUCGUGAACCACCGCGUGCAGAGCCUGAGGUCGCACGGCUACGACAUCCAGACCGGGGGGCUGGCGGCUCUCUGUGGCACCAAGAAGGACUUUGAGGCGAGCUACGGGAGGCUGCGGCUACGCAGAGAGAGGCCGAUGUUUAACCCCGUCGCCCCUUUGAGGACGGACGACUGACGGGUCAUGGUACCAGACCGAAUAGGGGGACGGAAAUGUGAUGC